AUGAAGACAGAUGAUAACAUCUGUCUUCAUCUCCGCGGUCUUCUUUGCGUCAGACCAAUAAUCCUGACUAUCUCAUGCCUACCGCUUGGAUACGGCUUGAUAACCGGCGGAAUGUCGUGUUCGGUCGUGCUCUCCUGGAUUCCGGCUGCCAGCAAACCCUCAUCACCCGGGUACGCAUACGUCACUCUCUAUCACCAAGGGGAUCCUCCCAAUCUUAUCAUCAAAGCUUACGUUAUUGACAGCCAAAUAGAUCCUCUUCCUGUCAAAGCAUUCAACGGCCGGUGGCCUGAGUUUCAGAAACUCAGCCUGGCUUAUCCACUCUUUUUUAUUCCUCGUGCCAUUGGAAUGUUGAUCGGCUCGGAUGUGCUUCCUCAUCUAGUUCUUCCUGGCACCUUGUGCCUAUCGUCUGAGCUUCCAGGUGCAUUAUCUACCACCUUAGGUUGGGUACUUUAUGGGCCGUAUGUUCGCCAUCGGAGGAAGACAAAACACGUAACCUUUUCACCGGCCACUGUUCAUGGUCGCAUUCGACCUUCUAGUCAAAAUACUUUUCCUUCAUUUUCAGCAGGGUCAUCAUCUGCUGUGUCUUCUCCAUCCCCUUCUCAGCCCAAAGUCCUUCUAUCAGAGGCCGCCUGCCAUGUUCCUUCGGACAAUACUGAUUCUUCUGAUGCUUCUGCCCGUAUCUCAUCAUCUGAUGUAAUAAGUUCUCCGGUCGUCACGGACCCUCUGAGCUCCCCGCGUCAUUCAGAUCAGAAACUUGUCAACAUCGUUCGGCGUUUUUGGGAACUCGAUAAAGUACCUGACGUGCUUCCUAUGACCCCUGCCGAGAAGGAGUGUGAAGUUCUGUAUCGCGCUGAAGUCACUCGUGACUCCACUGGCAGAUACACUGUUGGUUUGCCCUUCUCAUCUUAUCGUCUGGGUACCUCUGUCAAUGUGGCGACUGGGCAGUUUUUUCGACUAGAACAUCGUCUAGAAAAUAACCCUGAUCUUCGUGUCGCCUAUCAUGAGUUUAUGCGAGAUUAUCUCUCGAGUGGUCACAUGGAAUUGGUUCCUGAAUCAUUUGACCAUCCUCGAUAUGAACCUUAUUAUAUUCCUCAUCAUCCUGUACACCGUCCAGAUGAUCCUGCUACUAAAAUUCGAGUUGUUUUCAACGCCUCUUGCGCAUCUGCUGAUGGCAAAUCCCUAAACGAUCUUCUGCUUACCGGCCCGAAUCUGCAAGCGGACAUUUCCACUCUUCUGCUUCGUUUUCGUCUACAUCAAUUUGUUUUUACUGCCGAUAUCAGACAGAUGUAUCGACAGAUCCUGAUACGCCCUGAGCAGAGGGAUUAUCAACGCAUCGUCUGGUGUUUCUCCAAACGGGAACCCCUCCAAUAUUAUCGUCUGAACACAGUCACCUAUGGAGUUUCCUCGGCUCCUUACCUAACACUUAGAACCCUUCAUCAGCUAGCGUCGGACGACGGACUCAGAUUUCCUACGGCAAGGCAAGUCUUGCUGAAUGAGAUUUAUGUCGAUGACAUCUUGACCGGCUGUUCAUCCGAAUCUGAAGCUCUUGAACUGCGAAAGCAGGUUCAAGACCUGCUCAUGGCGGGUGGUUUUGAGCUGCGUAAAUGGGCUACUAAUCAUCUUGCCCUGCUAGACGGUAUCCCAUCUAAUCAUCGUAGGGAAUCCUCCUCUAUUGACCCCCUUCUUCUUGACCGUGAACCAAGUCUCAAAAUUCUGGGACUUGGAUGGAAUCCUGCAUCUGAUCACUUCUUUUAUUCCGUCCGUUUAAACUCAACGACAGUCACCAAACGGAACGUGCUGAGUCAGAUGGCUAGAAUCUUCGAUCCUUUGAGAUGGCUAACUCCAGUCACUUUCUAUGCCAAAAUCUUCUUUCGUCAGCUCUGUCUACUUCAUCUGGAAUGGGAUCAACCUCUCUCGAAUGAGAUUCAAAACCGGUGGUUGCAGUUUCAAUCCCAGCUUCCCACUUUGACAGAGCUUCACAUACCACGAUUCAUCCCUGCCGUUUCUUCUUCUGCUCAUUGCUUCAUCGGCUUCUGUGAUGCCUCUGAAUCCGGCUAUGCUGUAGUCGUUUAUCUAAGCACUCCUACAUCGUCCGGUCGAUUCCACGUGUCUCUUCUAGCGGCCAAAUCCAAAAUUUCUCCUUGUAAGGCAAUGUCCCUGCCUCGUCUAGAACUCUGCGGUGCCCAUCUUCUCGCAAAAAUCAUGCAUCAUUUGUCUACCCGCGUUUUACAGAAUCUCAGUGCUGACUACAUUGCCUUUUGCGAUUCUUCCGUUGCCUUGUCGUGGAUCCGUGGUGAGAGUCACAGGUGGAAGACAUUUGUGGGCAAUCGAGUCGUUGAGAUACAGGAUUUGUUUGUUGAUUGCGCCUCUCGAGGAUUGAUGCCCUCAGAUAUUCAUCACCACCCAUUGUGGUGGCGCGGUCCUCCUUGGUUGUCUCUCGAUUCCUCUCUAUGGCCCCUGUCCUCUGUUGAUUCAUCUCAAAUUGAUCAAGUGGACGAAGAAUCCAAGCCGCUCUCCGCUUUAGUGUUGACGGUUGUCUCCGGUGAACCCACCAUGAUUGACCAUUUUUCUUCGUAUCUUCGACUCAAGCGCGUCAUUGCCUUUUGUCGACGUUUCAUACUGAAUGCUCGUGGUUCAGCUUUACCUCGCACAGGUUUUCUCACCUCUGUUGAGCUUCAGGAAGCAGAGAUCUGCUUAAUACGUCUGGUUCAAUCUGUUCAUUUUGCCGAGGAGCUGGCUGAGCUGCAGAAACCAUCUUCUCGUCAUCGACUCAUCAUGAAACUUCACCUUCUUUGCGAUGAGCAUGGACUUGUUCGAGUUGGAGGUCGCCUUUCAGCCUCUUUAUUACCACAUCGACACAAACAUCCUGUUCUUCUACCGAAGGACAAUCAUCUCACUCAUCUGAUAAUCGAUGAUGCCCAUUAUCGUCUUCUGCACGCCGGUGCUUUAGCUACUCAUUCGUACAUUCGUCGACGGUACUGGAUAUUGGACGGACGUAAUGUAGUACGCAAUCGUCUGCGCAAGUGCAACCGAUGCUUUUCUUGCAAGCCCCGUCCUCUAAUACAGCCAAUGGGCAAUCUUCCACCAGAGCGGCUAUCAUCUGCUAUGGCUUUUCUAACUACUGGUGUCGACUACGCCGGCCCAUUUUAUGUGACGAGUGCACGACUACGCGGAGCCGUUAGCACGAAGGCAUAUCUGGUUGUCUUCAUCUGCUUCUCUACUAAAGCAGUUCAUCUAGAAUUGGCAUCUGAGCUGUCAACCCCAGCGUUCAUCGCUGCUUAUCGGCGCUUUGUUGCACGCCGAGGUCAUCCUUCCGUCAUCUUUUCGUAUAACGGGACCAACUUUGUUGGUGCUCAUAACUACCUUCGUGACCUUGGCCGCUUACUGUCUGCUCCACAACAUCAGCAGAGUCUCUGUGAUGCCGCCUCGUCGUCCGGAACUGACUGGCGAUUCAUACCCCCUUCCAGUCCUCACUUUGGCGGCCUGUGGGAGGCCGCUGUAAAAUCUGCUAAACAUCAUCUUACUCGCGUUAUUGGCGAGCAGAAACUCACUUACGAGGAGUUUCUCACCGUCUGCACUCAGGUUAAAGCCAUCCUCAACUCUCGUCCUCUGUAUCUUCCAUCAUCUGAUCCUUCUGAUUUUGAGGCCCUUACACCAGGGUAUUUCUUGGUUUUCCGGUCCCUAACAGCUCCUCCUGACAACGAUGUCAGUUCUGUGUCUGUGAACCGGUUAUCUCGUUGUCAACUAGUCCAGCGAUUUCAGCAGGACUUCUGGAAGCGCUGGCGUCAGGAAUACUUGCAUACCUUGCAGCAACGUCACAAGUGGUUGCAGCCAUCUACUCCUAUCCUUCCAGGUACCGUUGUCGUCAUUCGAAAUGACAAUCUUCCUCCUCUAAAGUGGUCUAUCGGUCGUAUAUCAUCUGUUUUUCCGGGAGCUGAUUCCACAACCCGCGUUGCUGAUGUUGCCACUGCGUCUGGGACAAUUCGGCGACCAGUCGUUAAAUUGUGUCCUCUUCCAACUCAGUAG